AUGGCGCCUCUGCCCAUCAAGUUCCAGGAGCUCGUGCAGCUCGCCAACGUGGGAGUGGACACGCAAGCGAUCGGCUUCAACUCAUGCACGCUCGAGUCCGAUUCAUACAUUUGCAUCCGAGAAAAGAAGAGCGAGGCGGCCCAGCCCGAGGUGGUCAUCGUCGAGCUCAAGAACGGUAACAAUGUCACGCGCCGACCCAUCAAGGCCGACAGUGCCGUGAUGCACUGGAACCGACAGAUAAUCGCCUUGAAGGCCCAGUCUCGGACGCUGCAGAUCUUCGAUCUCGAGGAAAAGAAGAAGCUCAAGUCGUGCACCAUGAACGAGGACGUCCAGUUCUGGCGGUGGAUCAGCGAGACCACCCUCGGCCUCGUCACCACCAGCAGCGUCUAUCACUGGGAUGUCUUCGACUCGACCCAGGAAGCACCCUCCAAGGUCUUUGACCGCAACGCCAACCUCAAUGGAUGCCAAAUCAUCAAUUACCGCGCUAAUGCCGAAGGCAAAUGGAUGGUCGUCGUCGGCAUCUCGUCCCAGCAGGGCCGUGUCGUCGGAGCGAUGCAGCUGUACUCCAAGGACCGUGGCAUUAGUCAAGCCAUCGAGGGCCAUGCCGCCGCCUUUGGCUCCCUACGGCUCGAGGGUGCCCCCCAGGACACCAAGCUCUUCAGCUUCGCCGUCCGAACCGCCACCGGCGCCAAGCUGCACGUCGUCGAGGUGGACCACGCAGAGUCGAAUCCCGUCUUCCAGAAAAAGGCCGUCGACAUCUUCUUCCCCCCCGAGGCGACCAACGACUUCCCCGUGGCGCUGCAGAUUUCCCAAAAGUACGGCGUCAUCUUCAUGGUCACCAAGUAUGGCUUCAUCCACCUCUACGAUCUCGAGACGGGCGGCCUCAUCUACAUGAACCGCAUUUCGAGCGAGACCAUCUUCACGAGCUGCGCCGACGGCGAGUCCUCGGGCCUCGUGGGUAUCAACCGCAAGGGCCAGGUUCUCUUCGUCACCAUCGACGACUCCACCAUCAUCCCCUACCUUCUCGAGAAUCCGGCAAACACGGAGAUUGCCAUCAAGCUGGCGUCGAGGGCUGGAUUGCCUGGUGCAGACAACCUCUACGCGAAGCAGUUUGACCAGCUCUUCAACUCGGGCAGCUACAUGGACGCGGCCAAGAUCGCCGCCAACUCUCCCCGAGGCUUCCUCCGCACCGCCGAGACCAUCGAAAAGUUCAAGCGGCUCCCCACCGAACCCGGCCAGAUGGCCUACACGCUGCAGUACUUCGGCAUGCUCCUCGACAAGGGCGUCCUGAACCAGCAGGAGACGCUCGAGCUCGCCCAGCCGGUGCUGCAGCAGAACCGGAAGCACCUGCUCGAGAAGUGGCUCAAGGAGGGCAAGCUCGACUGUUCCGAGCAGCUCGGUGACCUCGUCCGCCCCUACGACGUGAACAUGGCCUUGUCCAUCUACCUCAAGGCCAACGUGCCCCAGAAGGUGGUCGCCGGCUUUGCCGAGACGGGCCAGUUCGACAAGAUCCUGCCCUACGCCGCCCAGACGGGCUAUCAGCCCGACUACAUCCAGCUUCUGCAGCACAUCAUUCGCGUCAACCCGGAAAAGGGCGCCGAGUUCGCCACGGCUCUCGCCAACAGCGAGCAGGGCCCGUUGGUCGAUUUCGAGCGUGUCUGCGACAUCUUCCAGUCCCAGGGCAUGAUCCAGCAGGCCACGGCCUUCCUCCUCGACGCCCUCAAGGAGAACCUGCCCGAGCACGCUCGCCUGCAGACCCGCCUGCUCGAGAUGAACCUGAUGCACGCCCCGCAGGUGGCCGAGGCCAUCCUGGGCAACGACAUGUUCACCCACUUCGACAGGCCGCGCAUCGCCCACCUUUGCGAGCAGGCCGGCUUGCCUCAGAAGGCUCUCGAGCUGUACGAGGAUCCCGAGGCCAUCAAGCGAGUCGUCAUCAACAUCCCCGGCGGCGCCAACUUCAACGCCGAGUGGCUGACCGAGUUCUUCGGCAAGCUCUCGGUCGAGCAGUCGCUCGACUGCUUGGAUGCCAUGAUGAAGCACAACAUGCGCCAGAACCUGCAGGCCGUCGUCAACAUCGCGACCAAGUACUCCGAGCUCCUCGGCCCCGUCCGCCUGAUCGACCUGUUUGAAAAGUACAAGACGGCCGAGGGCCUCUUCUACUACCUCGGCAGCAUCGUGAACCUGUCCGAGGACCCCGACGUGCACUUCAAGUACAUCGAGGCCGCGACCAAGUCGAACCAGCUGAACGAGGUCGAGCGCAUCUGCCGGGACAGCAACAGCUACAACCCCGAAAAGGUGAAGAACUUUCUCAAGGAGUCCAAGCUUCCGGAGCAGCUACCGCUCAUCAUCGUCUGCGACCGCUUCAACUUUGUUCAUGACUUGAUCCUCUACCUGUACCAGAACCAGCAGUUCAAGGCCAUCGAGGCCUACGUUCAGCGUGUCAACCCGGGCCGGACGCCCGCCGUCGUCGGUGGCUUGCUCGACGUCGACUGCGACGAGGCCGUCAUCAAGCAGCUUCUGAGCACCGUCGAUGCGCAGCAGAUCAACAUCGACGAGUUGGUCUCGGAGGUGGAGACCCGCAACCGCCUCAAGCUUCUGCUGCCCUUCUUGGAGGCCACCCUGCAAUCCGGCAACCAGCAGCAGGCUCUCUACAACGCCCUCGCCAAGAUCUACAUUGACUCGAACAACAACCCGGAGAAGUUCCUCAAGGAGAACGACCAGUACGACACGCUCACCGUCGGCAAGUACUGCGAGAAGCGCGAUCCGAACCUGGCCUACAUUGCCUACUCCAAGGGCCAGAACGACUUGGAGCUGGUGAACAUCACCAACGAGAACGCCAUGUACCGCGCUCAGGCUCGAUAUCUGUUGGAGCGAUCCGACGCCGAGCUCUGGCGAUUCGUCCUCAGCGAGAACAACAUUCACCGUCGCUCCGUCGUUGACCAGGUCACGGCCACGGCCAUUCCCGAGUCCACCGACCCGGCCAAGGUCUCCGUCGCCGUCUCAUCCUUCCUCGAGAACGACCUGCCUCUGGAGCUCAUCGAGCUCCUCGAGAAGAUCGUGCUCGAGCCGUCUCCCUUCAGCGACAACCAGAACCUGCAGAACCUGCUCAUGUUCACGGCCGCCAAGGCGGACAAGGCCCGUGUCAUGGAUUACAUCCACAAGCUGGAUGCGUACAACGCCGACGACAUUGCCUCCUCGUGCGUCGAGGUGGGCCUCUUCGAGGAGGCGUUCGAGAUCUACAAGAAGGCCGGCGACAAGGAAGCUGCCGUCAACGUCCUCGUCGAGCAUGUCGUCAGCAUCGACCGCUCCCAGGCGUACGCGGAGGAGGUCGACAUUCCCGAGGUCUGGAGUAAGGUUGCCAAGGCUCAGCUCGAUGGCCUCCGCGUGCCCGACGCCAUUGAUUCCUACAUCAGAGCCGAUGACCCCAAGAACUACCCCGAGGUCAUCGAGAUUGCCACCCACGCCGGGAAGAACGAGGAGCUCGUCAAGUACCUGCGCAUGGCCCGCAAGACGCUGCGGGAGCCUGCCAUCGACACCGCCCUGGCCUUCUGUUACGCUCGCCUGGACCAGCUUGCCGAGCUCGAGGACUUCCUGCGGGCCACCAACGUGGCCAACAUCGAGGAAUCCGGCGACAAGGCCUACGACGAGGGUCUGUUCGAGGCGUCAAAGAUAUUCUUCAGCAGCAUCUCGAACUGGGCCAAGCUCGCCACGACGCUCGUGCACCUCAGCGACUACCAGGCCGCCGUCGAAUGUGCCCGAAAGGCCAACAACAUCAAGGUCUGGAAGCAAGUGCACGAAGCCUGCGUCGGCAAGAAGGAGUUCCGGCUGGCGCAGAUCUGCGGCCUGAACUUGAUUGUCGAUGCCGAGCAGCUGCAGGCUCUCGUCAAGGAGUACGAGCGCAACGGUUACUUCGAUGAGCUGAUCGGACUGCUCGAGCAGGGCCUUGGCCUCGAGCGCGCUCACAUGGGCAUGUUCACCGAGUUGGGCAUCGCCCUCUCUAGGUACCACCCCGAUCGCCUGAUGGAGCACAUCAAGCUCUUCUGGUCCAGGAUGAACCUGCCGAAGAUGAUCAAGGCCUGCGAGGAAGCAAACCUGUGGCCGGAGCUCGUGUUCUGCUACUGCCACUACGACGAGUUCGACAAUGCCGCCCUCGCUGUCAUCGAUCGUCCGGAGAACUCAUGGGAGCACCAGCAGUUUAAGGAAAUCUUGGUCAAGGUGGCCAACCUGGAGAUCUACUACCGUGGCAUCAAGUUCUACGUCGAGCAGCACCCGUCUCUUCUGACGGAUCUUCUCGCGGCGUUGACGGCUCGCAUUGACGUGAAUCGCGUCGUUAAGAUGUUCCAGAAGAAUGACAGCUUGCCGCUGAUCAAGCCUUUCCUCCUCAACGUGCAGUCGCAGAACAAGCGCAUUGUCAACGAGGCUGUCAACGAUUUGCUCAUCGAAGAGGAGGACCACAAGACCCUCCACGAUUCGGUGCAAAACUACGACAACUACGAUGCCGUCGAGCUGGCUGCCCGUCUGGAGAAGCAUGACCUCAUUUUCUUCCGCCAGAUAGCCGCGAGCAUUUACCGCAAGAACAAGCGGUGGGACAAGUCCAUCGCCUUGUCCAAGCAGGACAAGCUCUUCAAGGAUGCCAUCGAGACUGCCGCCACGUCAGGCAAGACUGAUAUCGUCGAAGAUCUUGUUCGAUACUUUGUCGACAUUGGACACAGGGAGUGCUAUGCCGGCAUGUUGUACGCCUGCAACGAGCUCAUCCGACCGGAUCUGGUGCUAGAGCUGUCUUGGCGGCACGGCCUCACCGACUUUAGCAUGCCUUACAUGAUCAACAUGUUGUCGCAGCAGACCAAGGAGAUUGCCCUGCUCAAGGCAGACAAUGAGGUUCGCAAGGCCAAGGAGAAGGAGCAGGAGAAGACCGAUGACAACACGCCUAUUCUAGGCGCCGGUCGGCUCAUGAUCACUGCCGGCCCCGGUGGUGCUGGAACGGCCUCGCCAUCCCUGUACGGCCAGACCAACGGGUUCGCGCCGCAACCCACGGGCUACGGUUACUAG